GAUCAUCUCCUCCAAGGCCGACGCAUCAUCCCUACAAGUGGAGACACCCCCAUGGUUUAAGAGCCUUUAAGCAAUGCUGCGAUUCAUUGUCAAGGAAACCUCAACCCUGGCCAAUUUUUUUCGUAUAUAAGACCAGCCGCGAUGUUGAUUAUUCCCCUCACGCGCUGGUUCGCUCUUUCACUUCACAUCGUCACCUUUUUUCACAUCAAGUGCCAUUCGAUUCGAAAAAAAUUCCCGUCAUUGAAAAUGUUACUCUCUGAUUUUCUUUGCUCUUUCGUAAUAAUGCUAAAUCUGUGGUCACCUUUGGCUAUAUCGACUGUCCGGGCUGCUCCUUUGUCCUUGAACGAGACACUGAUUGGGAGGAUGGUCGACGGGGACAAUAACCCUUCGCAUGCUGCGUUGUUAGAAGGUUGCAACGAUCCACAUCCACUCGCUAUCCGAGGCGAAGGCCAAUCAAAGGUCAGAGAUAAAAGCGACAAAAAAAGCAAAAAAGUCAACUCGCAGUCUAACGCGAUUGAACCCAUUCCCGUUUAUUUCUUCGACUGUGGAUCAUUGGUACCUUUCCAAGACGCAACGCUCAAGCCUGGUUACCUCUAUAAAUCUGCAUGGUAUCUGGAAUUGGACCCUGAUCGCCCAGGCGUGUUUCGACCUCAAUGUAGAAAAAAGUACAGAGUGACAAAGUAUUGGCUCGCACCCCAAAGAGAAAAGCUGUUGGACCUGAGAACUUACCCACAGUCGGAUGCUAAUCAAAUAAUAUCGACAAACAUGGAAAUACAAGCGAAGUUGGAGAAGUUGAAGAAGUCUUCCAAACUUCCUGGAACUUUGCGCCAGCAUAAAGAGACGAUGGAUGCAUAUGAUGUCGUUAUAAUGCGUCAACCUAGUGGAGAAACACUGUAUGCUGCGCUACUCAAUGAGGACGCCACUCGGUUACCAACAUUGAAGUAUGAUCAGCGUCAUGAGGCACAAUAUUUGGAGGAUGCCUGGAAUGCAAUGAAACAUGCAGAAGGAUAUUCAGGAAGUGCGGUAGCCUCAGACAAUGAUGGGGAUUGGAGCACUGAUCAAUGACGACUAUGCUUCAGUUAGUCAAAGAAGUCGAUUACAUCGAUAUCUUUCUCCGAUCCAGAGCGUCGAUACAUACUCACUUGGAUAUGUGUGUACAAUUGCGGAGUAUAUUCGAAUGGAGCUAGAAUCCACAACCACAAACCUGGGGCGCCCUCCCGAGUCUGAUCAACCUUCAAUGCCAUUUCGGCCCCAUGCAAUCGAUGCAAACCGCGAUAGUGUGGAGUGAGCAGGCGGACUGUUGUUGAGGCCGCCAUCACACGCGACGUCGCCAUACAGGUUUACAAUUGACAUCAUUUCAGGAC